AUGUCGACUCUUGCAGACGAACUCCUCCAGGACUUCGAGGACUCGGGCUCCGAGCAUGGCGAUGAGCAGAAUGAUCUGGGCUUGGACGGGGGCAGUCCCUCCUUGGGCCAGACGAAUGGCGACGCCAACGGCGCUCACGACAAUGGCGACGACGACGACAUGGUUCUCGACGGCGACGAGGAGCCGCCUGCCGAGGACGAGGAGAUGGGCGGGCUGAACGGCGCCGCCAUCGAUCCUCUGGACGACGAGGACGAGGCCAAGGCCAAGGUCGAGAAGAUGCAGCUGGGCAGUGUCAAGGAUGUCCGCAAAGUCAGCACUGUCAUGGAUAGACUGGAGCCUCUAUUGAAGGUAAUUUGCCAAUCCUCCAACACCCCCGAGCCCACCACAGCGUCUAACAGUCCCCAGAGCAUCGCCCAGUUCCAGUCGCAGCCAUUCAACUCGCAGACUAUCAACGUCGGCAACAUCGAAGACAAUCCAGAGUACAGAGUCCUCACCGAAUCCAACACGCUAUCUACUCAGAUCGACGGCGAGAUCAUGAAGGUGCACAAGUUCAUACGGGACCACUACUCCACAAGGUUCCCCGAGUUGGAGACCCUCGUACAGAACCCCAUCGAUUACGCCAAGGUCGUUGCCAUCCUCGGUAACGGCCCCAUGGACCAGGCUAGUAUCAAGGCUGUACAAGACAAGACGGACAACAUCCUCGGCGAAUCUCUCAAGUCGGUUCUUGAUGGCCCGUCCUUGAUGAUCGUCACCGUAGAGGCUACAUCGUCGAGAGGGCGGGAGCUCAGUGCAGAUGAGUUGGAUCGCAUCCUCAGAGCUUGUCACAUGAUAGUGUCCAUGGACAAGGCCAAGAAGACCUUGACGGAAUACGUCCAGUCUCGCAUGAACGUGUUCGCGCCCAACCUUACAGCUGUCGUGGGCUCUUUAACGGCCGCCCAGCUCAUCAACACGGCUGGUGGAUUGACUGCACUGUCGAGAACACCAUCCUGCAACCUGGCGGCGUGGGGGUCCAAGAAGCAAGCCAACGCAGCUUUUGCGACCAACGUACAGAACAGACAGCAAGGUUACCUGUACCACUCACCCAUCAUUCGCGGUAUCCCGAAUGACCUAAAGAAGAAGGCGAUGAAAGCCGUUGCCGCUAAACUUGUCCUUGCUGCCCGCGCAGAUACUGGCCAUACCAGCUCUGAUGGCUCCUAUGGUGAGGAGCUCCGGAGCCAGUGUCUCGAGAGACUUGACAAGAUGACCGCCCCUCCGCCGAACAAGGGUCAGCGCGCACUCCCAGCGCCAGAUGACAAGCCAUCGCGGAAGCGUGGUGGCAGGUUGGCCCGUAAUGCCAAGGCUGCAGUUGCCAUGACUGAGCUGAGGAAGGCCCAGAACCGGAUGGUCUUUGGCAAAGAGGAGAAGGAGACGGACUACGGCGUUGGCGACGGCACUGUCGGUAUGGGUAUGAUUGGUCAGGCCCAAGAGGGGAGAAUACGUGCUACACAGAUCGACAACAAGACACGCGCAAAGCUCAGUCAGAAGAAUAAGGGAUGGGGAGCCAUAGACCCGCUCGGCGGCUCAGCCUCGACGAUCCGCUCUGCGGCCUCCAACAUCGACCUCCGUGGAAAGGGCCUCCGCACGUCGGGCAUUGGCACCACGAUCGGGGGUGGAGCUGCAGGGACGGCCUCGUCGCUUGCCUUUACCCCUGUGCAGGGCAUUGAGCUAGUCGACCCAAAGGUUCAAGCCGACCUCAAGCGCAAACGUGCCGCCGAGGAGGACCGUUACUUCAAGAGUGGUUCAUUCACCCAGGUUGGCGGAACCAGUAGCCAGCCUCCCAGCAAAAAGCUUGAUGUGGGAGCCGGCAAGAUGGCCCCUCCUCCUUUGCCCGCCAAGAGAUAG